AAGCGCGGACCGGGGAGGCGGCGGCGGCGACCGGGGACUUCGAGGCUCAGCCCCCGCAUCGGAGCACUCUUCUGCGGCGCUCGCCCCUCGCCAAGCCCCACCGCCGAGCCCACCCCGGGCCGGCGUGCGCUGGUCACUGAGGCCCAGGCCGCCGCCGCCGCCGCCGUCGCGGCGCGUUCUUGAAAUCAUGAAUCCUGUUUACAGCCCUGGUUCUUCCGGAGUUCCCUAUGCAAAUGCCAAAGGAAUUGGUUAUCCAGCUGGUUUCCCCAUGGGCUAUGCAGCUGCAGCUCCUGCCUACUCCCCCAGCAUGUACCCUGGAGCGAAUCCUACCUUCCAAACAGGUUACACUCCUGGCACACCUUACAAAGUGUCCUGUUCCCCCACCAGCGGAGCAGUGCCACCAUACUCCUCCUCCCCCAACCCUUACCAGACUGCUGUGUACCCUGUGCGAAGUGCCUACCCCCAGCAGAGCCCCUACGCACAGCAAGGCACGUACUACACACAGCCCCUGUAUGCAGCACCCCCUCACGUCAUCCACCACACCACAGUGGUGCAGCCCAAUGGCAUGCCAGCGACGGUGUACCCUGCUCCCAUUCCUCCACCUAGAGGCAACGGCGUCACCAUGGGCAUGGUGGCUGGGACCACUAUGGCCAUGUCGGCAGGUACCCUGCUGACCGCUCACUCCCCAACUCCUGUUGCCCCCCACCCAGUCACUGUGCCCACGUAUCGGGCCCCAGGAACACCCACCUACAGCUACGUGCCCCCUCAGUGGUGAUCACCCUGCAAAUGUUUGAGGAUGGAGCUGUGCAGUCACAUCAUGGAGGUUCCACAGCUGGUGCUGCAGGCCUCGUGCCUCCAACCUGGACUUUCUUCUUAAUGCUCUCGACACUUAGCUAAACACUACUAUGGCCCAGCCCAGCAGGUCCCAGCACCAUUAGUCUCCAACUAACUCUGUGGGUUGGUCUUAAAGCAAAUCCUGUUAUGUGGGCUGCCUGGCAAUUUUUUAGCUAACUGUAAUGAUAAAAAGGGAGUAUUAAUCUAUUCUGAAUCAUAUCUAGUUGAAUGCAUGUUUAAAAAAACAAACACAAAAACAAAGCUUGCUCAAUCUACCUGCAGUGACUGAUGCAAAACCAUCAUAUGCAAAAUCCAAAGGAAUGGAAAAGCAUUUUAUAACUUGUAUCACUAAUGCACUGUUGUAAUGUAUGCAGAGUCUUAAAAGUUAUAAGUGUUAAAGUGAAUUUCUUCAUAGAGUAUCUGAAAUCCCUUAGAUGAUUAUUCUUCAGCCUUUGGGGUUGAGGUGGGUUGCCAGUUGGUAAUGUGGACUUUUGAGUUUUCAGCCAUCUGUUUCUUUCAUUCUUACUGCAUGGCGUGGGGAGAGAGUUGGAGGGACGGGGAGAGUGCAGGGAAGGCCGCCACUGCUUGGGACGCAGCCAGCUUACUGGGCAUUCCUUUCUUGCCAUUUAUUCUUGUGGGGCAUUGUGGUAUGGACAUUCUUAAAAAUCAUCAUGGAAGUGUAGGGUUGUGUGGCCAGUAUAGUUAGGGGCAAGAGGUGGUCUUCAUCAGGAAAGCAAUUUUCUCUGCCAUCUAAGUUUUUAUGACAAGCCUCUUACAGAUAGAGAUGAGGUUUUCUGUAUCUUUACUGGAAAAGUCCUAUGUACAACUAAAUUAUUUUCCUGGGAUGGAAGAUAUGUGAAGGAGAAACAGCCACACUUGGAGAAGGUAUUGGCUUCUCUCCUUUAUUUAAUUUAGGAAACCAUUCCUUCCCCCCUUCCCCCAAGAAAUGUUUCAGUCCACUGAAAACAUAUGUAGGCAUUGCUAUUCGCACCACCGUCUCCAAGAAGGGCAAAGAUUUCAGCCGUCUGUUAUGAAGAAAGUUGUAUAUUUAAGAACUAUUAAAAGGGAACAAACUUUAUUUGAAGUUGUUUCUUGUGGAGAGGCAGGGCUGUGGCUGUGUUUGGGCCUAUCCACCUGAUGGGGACUUGUCAUCUGAAACCAUUUGGAGGCUGCUCCUGGAGGUGGGUCUGUGGAGGUGUGAGAGAAGAGCUGGUGCCUCUUGUCUGUGAGCCUAGUCUGCUAUGUCUUUUAGCUGAGGGCUCUUGGCACAAAGCAGGUAUGGACAGCAAAGGGCCAGGCAGCAUCAGAAUGUAUUUGCCUGCCAGGGUUUAUUUGGAAAUGGUUUUGUGUUUAGAGUCUGAAUAUUGUACAUAAGAAAUGAAGAUUUUUUUGCCUAAGUGUGCCCAACUUGUAUUGAUGGGAGUGUGUGUCUGUUCAGAGAGGGGGUGGGAGGGUGAGGGUUUUGUUCCCUUUCAGCAGUCUGUCAGGUGGGGGUGGGGUAUGCUUCUGUUCACCCCAUCAUUGUUUCAAGUGUUGUGAGCUUUGGGUGGGGAGGGAACCUUGCCCCUCCAUCUCUGGCAGCUAGGUCGGGACUCUGGCUGGUUUGGCAUUCGGCCCCAUUUGGUGAGUAGGACACCUGACCCCUGAGCCUUUGGUAACUUUAUUUUUUUAUAGUAAAUACCCCAUAAUUUUCUUUUUCACAUUUUAUUUUAUAAGAAGUUUAGGAAUAUUUUUGCAUGGAUCAUUGUAAGCAGAAGAGUCCUUAUUCCUAAUGUCUGUUAACAUAGUGUGCUUACUCUGAUAAGUACUUUAAAUUGCUUUAUUAGCACUUAACCCAUGCGUGUGUGUGUGUGUGUGUGUGUGUGUGUGUGUGUGUGAACCAUUUACUUCAGGCACACGAUUUGUGUCCACUUCUUCAACUCUUUGUUGGUAAUUCCAUAGUAGAUGGUUUGUAAUAAAUAUCUGAUCGUUUCUAAGGGUUGCAGGGGUGAACUGCCCAAAUAGAAGAAAAGCCAGUUUCCCCAGUUUAGGGUAUUAGAUUAGGAGAAAAUACAAUUUUAAUGUAUGCUUUAGAAAAGCCCUAAAUAUCACAAAAUGGGCACGUGCACACACAUGCACACGCACACACACACAAAACUAUAUGUAAAGGGGUGGGGUCAUUUGAAUUGAGCAGAAAGAUAGAAGUUAUAGAGGAUGCUUCAUUGGGCUUGCUUGAGCCCUGGCACACACAGGGUGAGUGUUUUCAUAAGCACUGAAUUAAAUGGUGUUUUUGAGAGCAA